CUAACCUAUGGCUACAGCGGCCCUACAGGUUAUGACAGUUAAUUUGUGCAAGUAUAAAUGAUAAAACGAAAUUCAAAUCAGCGUUCAACGAUGAGCUAGUCGCUGCAGAAACAGUGAAAAUAAUGAUAAAUACACCCGAAAGUGCUAUCAGCACAGAAUGUUUAUAAAUUUGAAGCUCUUGUAAAAGUAUCAUGGCGUCCAGACAACCUUACGUUGACAACGUGGUAAAUGAGCGCCGGUUAAGGCCUAUUUACGAUAGACUUGACAAUGGUAACAAUAAAAAAGCUCUUCAGGAAGCUGACAAAGUCUUGAGAAAGCAUCCGAAUAAUCAGUGUGCUCGUGUACUGAAGGCUCUUGCUCUUUUACGUUUGGGCAAAGAGGACGAGUGUCAAACUAUUAUAGACAAGGUUCGUUCUGAGGUGCCUUGUGAAGACUCUACUCUUCAAGCCAUGAGUAUUUGCUACAGAGAAAUUCACCAGCCUGACAAAAUAAGUGAGGUUUACGAGGCUGCAUCUAAGGCUGACCCUAAUAAUGAAGAACUUUUGUCACACUUAUUUAUGUCCUAUGUCAGGCUUGGAGAUUUCAAGAAACAACAGCAUACUGCACUUGCUCUGUAUAAACUAGUCCCUAAAAAUCCAUAUUAUUUUUGGGCUGUUAUGAGUAUUGUGAUGCAAGCUCAUCAAGCUGAAGAUAAGCAAGCGAAAAAUGUUAUUUUGUCUUUGGCAGAACGAAUGGUAGAAAAAAUAGUCAAAGAUGGAAAAAUGGAAGUAGAACAAGAAAUUCAGCUUUAUUUAAUGAUUUUGGAGCUUCAAGGGAAAGUUGAAGAAAUGUUGGAAGUAUUAUUAGGUCCUUUAGCGUCUCGAUUAUCCAAUGUUCAGCAACGCAAAGCAAAAUUAUUAUUAAAAAUGAAAUGCUUUGAUAAGGCUGCCAAAGCUUAUGAAGACCUUAUACGUAAAGAGCGGGACAAUUGGGCGUAUUAUCAGGAAUAUUUGACAGCAGGACUUAAUUGCCAAACGGCCACUAAAUGUUAUAAAUUUUUAAACGAAACUAUAACUAUUACAUUUGAUGAUAAAAUUCGAGCUCCCCAACUUGCUCGAUUAGAACUGCUAAAACGUACUAGUGAACAAAAACUGGAAAUUGAACAUUGCGCUCAUAUUUGCGAUGAUAUGCGACAAUAUUUUAAGCAAUUUGGAACCAAAGGUUGUAUAGUGGGAGAUCUAAAACUCUAUUUGCACUUGUUAAGCGAUGCCGAUAAAGAGGAACUACUUGAAAAUAUUGAACUUGACAUUGGAGUUGGCGAUACAGAUUUCCCUGCUACGAUCGAUCAAAUGCAGAGGCAUAUACACUUUGAACAAUUGAAACGUAUUUGCGGAAGGCAUCACCCGCCACGAGCUAAUCUCGAAGAGAGAAAAAGUCUUGUGAAACGUUUUAAUGACUUGUAUGAUAGAGGAAAUAUUUUGUGUCCUAUUGAAACAAGAUUACCCACUGAUUUUUGUCCGGCUGACUCGUAUAUUCUUCUGGCUACGCAUGUUUUACAUCAAUUAUGGUAUGAAACAUCGGAAGCAUCAUGGUUGUACAAGGCAAUAUUUCUUCUAGAAAAAGGGCUCAUUUCAAGUCCUGCUAAUUUUCAUAUAAAAGUACUUCUGAUUAGAACAUACUUGGAAGCAGGCUUACCAGUGGGAGCUGAUUAUGCUUAUUCAUUGCUAGACUGUAAACAUAUCCAAUUAGAUUCACUAGGUCAUUUACAUGUACCACUACUGGCUCCUUUGGGCUACUUGUCACAGGCCUCCAAUUGCCUUGACCACGCUGCUAAAUUUUUCAUUGCAAAUUAUAAAGACAGCGCCGAUCACUUGACUUUUGCAUACAAGUAUGGAAGUUUUUUAAAAAUACAAGAAUUCGUAGAGUUACGAGACCGGUUGGAAAAUUCAAUUCAUUUUGCUAUGACAACUGUCGACAAAAUGUUGUUGGAGCUGAGUUGGUGUGACAGUCCUAUGGCUAUUACAAAUUCAUUAUCUAGUAUGCAUGUGCAACCCGUAAAAGAUUCCAUUCGAUGGAAUCUCCUCCGCGAUAAUCGCGACAUUGACGUUGUAGUAGGAUGGGAACCACUACCUGAAAAAAGUGAGGAUUUAAGGAUGAAAGCAGAAACAUGCGAGUGCAUGAUUCGACUGUUGAAAGCUCGAAGUCUUAUUUUAAGAAUCUUUGCAGCGAUUAAUGAUACAGACUGCUCAUCAAUACUAUCGCAGUUGGCUAAUGAAUUGAGAAAAUUGGAAAUAGAAGAGAUUCCAUCAACUCUUCAAAAAUUUGUACCUGAAGGCAACGAUAAAGUAAACAAUGUUACAGUUCCUAUAGACGCUGUAGAACGUUUACGCGAGAUGUUGUAUUCUCAACAGUUGAGUUUGAUAGCUCAAUUUGCUGAUAUACUUUCAAGCUCAUCUUGCCCUGACAGAGCUUGUCUUGAGCUCCUGAAAUCAUCUACCAGCUUAAAGCCACUAUCUUUACCAAAUCAAAAUAAACCAGUUUCAUACAAACCAUUUUUACUGCGAGCGUCAACUUGUGGAGAGACUUUAGCAUUUAUAAGCAUCAUCUGUACUUCAGCUGCAUCACAAAUAAAACCCAAUAUUUCCAAGAAAAAAAAUAAAAGAAAAAACACAAGAGAAACCACUUUAUCGACCACAAAGGAAAAUGAGACUUGGCUGAAAGUUGUUCAGAUACUAUCUGAAAAACUAAAAAAUUUGGAAUGUAUACUAAACAGUUUGGAGAAAGUCGAAAUUUGCACAAACUUGAAUAUUGCUGAUGAUAUAGCAAUGAUGAUUAUAAAACGCUGCCAAUCAAGUCUCACAUCAAGCAGUUUAUCGCUGAAAUCGCGCAUCUUAAAUACUCAAAAACUAAUUAAUAACUUAAAAAGCUGAAACAGUUCAUUGUGUAAAUUAUUU